GUACACUGUCUUUUGUAGUCAUUGUGGUUGUGGAUUGCGGUUCAUGUUCUUGCCUUUGUUGAUGUUCCUACAUGUACAUGUAGGUCCUUGAUACCAUGAGCUCCUAUCCGCAAGUAGGGCUUUCUUCGUCUAUGAUGACAAGUGACACCCAAUCGUCAAACACAAGAGCUCAACCUAUCGAAGUCCGUUCCAAUCGCGACGACUCGCCAACACACUCGUGCCUCAAAUCGCCUUCCUCCUCUUUCAAUGCUGCUCAUAUGAUGUCAGCGCCGCCGCCUCAAUCGUCGACCCCCUGCUCCUCCGUCGUGUACGCGGCUGCCCCGGCUUCCUCGGCAGCCAACGAAUCGCGGAGAGGCCCGCCUUCCGACCUUGCCUCGACGACCAUCACGAUCACGACCAUGAGCAACUGUACGAAUCCCAGGAAUCGUCGAUCUGCAUGUGAGCACGGUAUGGCUAGAAACCAUGUAGGUGUGGCCGGCCAGUUCAAGUUAGCCGAUCGUGUAACCCUGAUCGUUGAGAACACUAGAUUCGUAGUAGAUCCCUCGCUCUUCAUCGCUCAUCCAAAUACCAUGUUAGGAAGAAUGUUUAGCAAUGGUGUGGACCAUACUAUGACCAGACCUAACGAUAAAGGAGAGUAUGAAGUAGCCCAUGGGAUAUCAGCUGAAAUCUUUUCAUCCAUUUUAGAUUUCUACAAAGUUGGUUGUAUUCGUUGUCCACCCAGCGUGUCUAUUCAAGAUCUCAGAGAGGCGUGUGAUUAUCUACUUAUACCCUUUACAGAAGAAACCAUCAAGUGCAAAAAUUUAAGAUGCCUACUACAUGAGAUUUCAAACGACGGUGCCAGGCAAGAAUUUGAGAAGCAUUUAGAAGCAGCGUUGCUACCAGAGAUGGUCAACUGUGCACAGAAAGGAGAGAGAGAGUGUCAUAUUGUUAUCUUGCUAGAGGAUGACGUAGUGGAAUGGGAUCCUGACUAUCCUCCGGCAAUGGGAGAGGAGAACUGCCAAGUCAUCUACAGCACCUCCCUCUAUCGGUUCUUCAAGUACAUCGAGAAUAGGGACGUGGCCAAGUCAGUGCUGAAAGACAGGGGUCUGAAGAAAAUUAGACUAGGCAUAGAAGGUUAUCCAACCUACAAAGAGAAGAUCAAACAGAGACCAGGAGGAAAACCAGAAGUGAUCUACAACUAUGUCCAGAGGCCUUUCCUGCGAAUGUCUUGGGAGAAGGAGGAGCACAAGAGCAGGCACGUCGACUUCCAGUGCGUCCGCAGCCGAUCCAUCCCCAACCUUGCCACCCUCGCCGGUGUCGACGCCGCUCCGGUCAACCCGGACCUCGCGGUGGCGCCGCCAGAGGGCGCUGCAAUGCUGCUCCAGCAUCAUAUUCCGGAUCCAGACCCAGAACAAGACGUUUAACGGGGGUCAAGGGUUGACUUGGGUCCAUUGGAAAGUCAGACGGAGAUCGGCCUCCUGUCAGCGCUGCAAGCAAAUGCUCUAAGGAUCGUUCUUGAUUUUGAUUCCGCACGGUUAUCGGAGGAGAAAACUUGAUGUCUUUAAACUUGCAUGUCACGCGUGCCGCAUGCAUGGAUUUCAAAUCAUCGUAAACCACUUCAGCAUGUCGUAGGGAACAGCGUAGGACCGGAUCACAAGCACUUGGGAUGCAUCUCAUCCCCGAACCACCACCCAUCUGCUACAAACUUUGCAGUGACAUGCGCUUAUUAACGUCUUUCAGUGGCAGGCGACGGUGAUGGAGAUAACACACUAUAACCCACAAGAGCAACUCGUAUUGAAAUAUUACCAAAUGUUUUGUUACUUUAUACGAAGAUGGGUUUAGGUGGCUGUUGGUUUUUUGUCUGUUUGUGUACAUGCGGAUUGGUUGUUAUUAUUAUUCAUAUUAAGUGCCAGGGGAAUGUUAAUUCUACCAUUUAUUGUGUCAUGUGAAUCUAACAAAAAUGCACAAAAUAGCCAAUCUCAUGCUUUGUUUGAAUUAGGUGGAGUGAUUUAGAAACUAUAUAUAUAUUGAUUUCAAGGUAUUGAUUGAAAUAUAGAUGAAACUCUGUGGCGAGGGGUGGCUGUUUUACUUACUUUCUUGCUUUGAAUAUGAUAAAUGUUUGAUCUACUGUGCCAUAAAAAGGAUAGUUAUAUUAAUAAUUUCAAUGAUAGUAACUGAGGAUACUAUCUUAAGUAAGAUGAUAGAAAUAUAAGUGUAUUGUACAAGCAGUCUCAUGUCGCAUGAGGGGGAUGGUAAGGCAUAAAGGGUAAUUCUUGAGAUCUUGGCAAUGCAAGUCCAUAUGAAUUAUUACUAGCUACUCUUGAGCUAAUUAUAUAUUAUGUUAGAUGAUAUUAUCUUUCCUUGAUCAAUUUUUAUUCAGCUAGGUGCAUGCCUGCAGUAGUAUGGGGUUAAUGAUAGUUGGGGGUUAAGAAAACAUCAUGAGAAAAGGGUAUAAGUUUGCAGUAUAGUGAGUAAUAAGGUUGCAUGUCAGCAUUGACCAUGCCGAUUGAUCCAUUAAUCUAAAGUAGCUCAUGAAUAAUACAUGCUCUGCCCUCAAUGCCAAUAUCCAUAAGGCCUCAACGACCGUACCCAUUUUCUUUUUGCUAGUCUGCAGGCACAGACCUGGAUUGAAAUUUUGAUCAACAAGUGUGUCUCCAUGCAAAGACUAGCACAUACAAAACUUGCUGUUUCAAUUCAGUAAACAAACUUUGAUCAACAAGUGUCUCCAUGCAAAGAUUAGCAUAUACAAAACUUGCUGUUUCAUUUCAGUACACAAACUUUGAUCAACAAGUGUGUCUCCAUGCAAAGAUUAGCAUAUACAAAACUUGCUGUUUCAUUUCAGUACACAAACUUUGAUCAACAAGUGUGUCUCCAUGCAAAGAUUAGCAUAUAUACAAAACUUGCUGUUUCAUUUCAGUACACAAACUUUGAUCAACAAGUGUGUCUCCAUGCAAAGACUAGCAGAUACAAAACUUGCUGUUUCAAUUCAGUACACAAACUUUGAUCAACAAGUGUCUCCACGCAAAGACUAGCAUAUACAAAACUUGCUGUUUCAAUUCAGUACACAAACUUUGAUCAACAAGUGUGUCUCCAUGCAAAGACUAGCAUAUACAAAACUUGCUGUUUCAAUUCAGUACACAAACUUUAUCAAAAAGUGUCUCCACGCAAAGACUAGCAUAUACAAAAUUUGCUGUUUCAAUUCAGUACACAAACUUUGAUCAACAAGUGUGUCUCCACGCAAAGAAUAGCAUAUACAAAACUUGCUGUUUCAAUUCAUAACACGAGGCAUUGUAGGCUGGCAUAUUCAGACCCUUAAUUUGAGUGAAGGGUUUGCACAGCAGACUUGUCUUUCGCUAUCUCACACUGACUCUUCUCGUCUCACUCCCUGCUUGGUGUGGAUAAAAGGUUGAGCCACUAGAUCCUGUGUGAAAAAUAAUUUGUAUUUGUUGCAUCCACAAGAUCCUGUUAGAAAAAUAAUUUUGCAUUUAUUGGCUGACUUUUGUGGAUUUGAAUCACAUCUCUUGCUGAAUUUGUUAUGUUUAUUAAGGAGAAAGAAACGGUAGUGGGAUAAUGUAUUAGUAUAGAUAUUGGGAGCUGCAAAUUAUUGUAGAUUUGAUCAAUAUGCUCUAAGCUAUAGUAGCAUAGUAGCGUACACAAUCUGUUACAUUUAAAUGGGAACAUUUCAUGUUAGGAUUAUAAAUGCAGAAAUCAUUUCUUUUUUCUUUAAAGAUUGCCUUCGCUUUGAGGGAGCAACAUCUAUUUAUUGUUGAAAGGAGAAUUAAUAUUUAUUUAAUAUGAUCAGUUAUUUUGAAAGAAAUCAGUUUAUCAACUCCAAAUAAAGGGGGGGGGGGGGGAAGAGGAUUGUAUAUAUACAUUUGGAUUAGAUUUUAAAAAUCAAUCUAAUUGUAGCUCGAUUAUUGAUUUAGUCCCCUUUCAUAGACCGAAUGGCAAAUUGGUUUUAUUCCCUAACAUGUAUUGGGGUGUCGUGGUGUAGUGGCUAAGACUCUCGUUAUUCAAUCCGAGGGACGUGGGUUCGAUUCCCAGCCAUGGCAUGGUUUCCUUCAGCAAGAAAUUUAUCCACAUUUUGCUGCACUCAACCAAGGUGAGGUAAAUGGGUACCGGCUGGAAAUAAUUCCACAAAAAGCUGUGCGCACCGAAAUCGGCUGACCACCUUGGCCGGGAUAAUAUAGGAGCGCCUUAUACAAGGUGGCUACGUGUGCUAUAUAAAUCCUAUAUUAUUUAUUAACAAUGUGGGAAUUAAUUUUUCCCAAGUGUCUAUAAACUGUUGAGUUUGUAUUUCCCUCUUCUCGGAAUACCACAGCAGACUCUCAAGAAAUGUAAAAUUAAUUUCAGAGCUAUGGAUUCACCCCCCCCCCACCCCGCUCUAUUAUGUCCAGUUUAUUCAAUAUUUUGUAUUCAAUAUGUUAGGAUAAUGUUAUGCCAAGAAGCAGUUUGGAUGACAUCAUGUCUCAUAUAUAGGUGCUGUGAUCUUUAAAUCAUAGCACAAUGCUUUUGUCUUACCUUUACUAUCAAAUACUUAAAAUAUGUAUCCUUUUGCAAUUAAAUAUCGAUGAUGAUAAUGAUAGCCAAAUAUUAUUGAUAAAUAUUGAUAAAAUGUAAGUAUAAUUACUAAUUGAAAUAUUAUAGAUAUGAAAUCGUAUCCAAUGUUGUUUUGACUCUGCUAUUGUAUACAUGGCAGUAUGAAAGUCUACUUUUUUAAGCUAAGAUCUAAAAUUCAAUGUCCCAAAUUCACAAAGGUGGUUUUAAAUCUUUGGUUUGAAACCAUAGUUUAUGUAGGUUUCAUGCAUUAAUUCUGAUUGAUUUAGUGCGUCUAUGAUCAAAGAGCCCAGGGUCCCGUCUUAUAAAGAGUUCAAUUGAUCUAUCAAUCUUAACUGUAUGGAAAUCUAUCCAUACCAUAAUUUUUUUCUACAAAAAAUUUGCACAAUCUCCUUGGUAAAUAAAGAGAAUCACACUGAAUCUUCAAGAGAAUGAUGAAUGUAUACAUGUACAUCAUAUCUAGAACAUGAUUUGAACAAACAUACAUUUUAGGUGUUGAUGUUGCUGGUCGUCUAUAGUUGUGGUCGAUUGGAUCAAUCGCAACUCUUUGAAAGAUGGGGCCAUAUAAUAUAAUGAAUGUGUGCUUUUGUAACAGGGGACUAAAUUCAUACAUGUUUAAUUGAGGAAAGUGCAUUCACUUAUUGAGCCCUGUGCCUGAGAUAUCUUGGGCAAAGGUCCGUAUAAAAUUAUGUUUUAUAUUGAAAUCAAAAGCGUGUUUAGCAGGUAUAUGUGAAUGAGCCGUCUGUUUAAUUUCAGGGGGGGGUGUACUCACUAAAUAAGGCAUACGGGGAUGUGCCGCUGGAAUGGGUUGCUUUUUUGCAAGAAAUCCCUAAACAUGGGGUAUGGUUUUAUGCUGGAAAUGGAAAAUCCCUAAACAUGGCCCCAAUUUGUAGAUACUGGCCUUAAACAUAUUCUCCUCCAAUGUCUUAGGUGCAAAUACGAAAUGACCUUGCAUUUUGGGUGAUAACCUUUUUUUUUUUUGCAUGUCAAAUUUUCCAGGGGAAAAUGCCCCCCCCCCCUUUUGGAAAAUCCUGGAUCCGCCCCUGUAAUAAAUCCGUAAUAAUGGGUACCAUUUUAGCCAAAAUGACCCAUAAAUAUGGGUAUGGGUUUAGAAUCCUCAGCCGCACACCCCUGUCCAAACCAAAUCUUCAUGUAAGUACCUCCCCCUCCUCAGUUUAAAUAAGUUGAUUCAAAUGAAACAAUGGAUUCAUUAAUGUUCUAAACUUACUGGCAAGCAUGAAUUUAGCAUGUCGUGAUAAAACUGCGCAUUCAUGGACUCAGUAUAUGCACAGAAGUACUGUAAGCGUUAUUUAUGCAUGAAAUCUGCAAUUUCCCAUGGUUAAGUCCAAAAAUUCAAUACCACCUUAAUGAAUUUGUGUCAAUGUUUUUACAGUGCAGUAUUUUUUUUUUUUUUUUU